AGGCAAUAUCGAGGAUUUCUUUUCAUGUUUUAGUCAUCGCCGUCGUCGUCCGCGGCCACCGCCGUAUUCAUUUUUGUCAAGCUUAAAACUACGUUAAUGAUCUUCUGAACAAGCUUGAAGUUGAAACUACAUCCCUUGCUCUUGUGAUGUCACAUUGCUGCCGCCUGUGGUUCGUUGCCUGUGUAUCAUCAUGAGCAGCAUCUUCAGCAGAUCAACUAAGAAGCCGGAGACGAACAUUACCGAGUUUGAAAGUGGUCAGAAAGUGAGGGUAAAGUCUGGACUGGUGCCUUCUGUAGUUAUGGACCCGAAAAUUUUUGUUGAUGUCGAUGAAGUCUAUAAACGAUGUCGAAGUCGAUGAAUUUAGAUGGUUCAACGUUCUUUUUAGAAUUCCUCUCCUCAUGAUCUCGACAGAGGAGCGCAAAUACCAAUCCCUCAUCACAUUCGUUGUCUUGAGCGCGGCUUUAAGGUAAGAAGAACAACGAGCACAAGCGACUAUGUACUUAUGAUUCCUCCUAUCUCUAAAAAUUGUCCUUCUUCGCAAUCGCAUGAUCCAGUAAGGACACCACCACGAGCACGAACAAAUCUCCCAGCUGAUAUCGAUCACGUUAUUGUGGAUUUGAACGAUAGCCCGGAAACGAUGUCAACUGCCACUUCUUCUGUCGUGAAUGGAGCAACGACGAGAACAACUUCUCCGAGGGAUGCAGCCCAUAGUUCAGGUGGAGGCGGACGCAGCCCCGUUCGCAGCAGCCGAACAAGUGCAUCAUCCUCUGCGCAGCUUAUGGCUUGAUGUUCAGCGACUGUGGUUACAGUUUAAUAGAGAAAAUUUGAAUUGUAGUUGUUUGUCAAGUUGUACUUCUUUGUGGUCGUGAUGUACUAGUUGUUGAAAAUAGUGCUGAUAUUCUUAUUUCUUGUGGUGUACCUACUGUGCCGCACUGUCUAAGAAAGCCGGAGUCGGUGUAGGCGCAGACUGUCAUUUCAACCGCGCCUACGAGCACUCGCGCUUGCGAACGCGGUUGGAGGUCAUUGAGUCCAUUCGCGGAGACUUAGAGGCAGAAGCUGUUGAAGUUCCUGGGGUUAUAGUUGUGGGGAAUCAAAGUGCCGGCAAGAGUUCUGUGUUGGAAGCGAUAUCAGGGAUUAAUUUUCCAAGAGGCGAAAACACAUGCACGCGGUGUGCUUCUAUCGUUCGUCUGGAAAGCGGGAACCUGGAAGCAAACGAAAGAGCCUAUGCCUUACUAUCCGUAAACGAUCCGGAGCAAAAACAAUGCGACAAGAUCCGCGACUUCUCGGCAAUAGGGGUUCAGAUCGAGAAACUAACGAAGAAGCUGGGCGAAGGACAAGAUGGAGGGACGAUUUUGGCGGACGAUGUUAUAUACUUAUGACACAGGAUCAGGAACCUGUGAAGAUGUUUUUGAAAAAAUGAUGAACAACUACACUAGUCUUGUUGGUGUACUCCUCGCCAUUUUCGAAAUGAAGCAGCAGGAGGGCGCUGGUGGCGCAUCUUCGGGUAUUAUCUUCAGCUCGUCAACAUAGACUACAUCAUUCAAGAAAUGUCCUCUUCUAACCCACAUCACCGUACGGAACCGGACAGGACCGACCAUGACCCUUAUCGACUUGCCAGGUCUCACUUUUGUGCACAAAACGCAAAAGAACAUACACGAUGUGACAGUGGAACUCAUUAGAAGGUACAACUGCAAAGUAAAAAUUACAUCCACAACUUCGACUUUUCUUUGAGCACGACUGCAUUGACAUUGUAGCGCGGUCAAUCUCGACCACAUUCGUCGUAGUAAGUAGUAGCAAUUAACGGUGGCAGCUCAGUUCUUUUUAUCUUCUUGUUCUUGGGUCGACCACGGUUCUACUUGACGGCGCAUCAAAAAUCAGAAUCAUCGAGUGUUGUAACCUAGUACGCCACAAAUAAUAGGUACAUCAAGAACGAGCAAGCUGUCAUAUUAGCAGUGAUCCCGGCAACGGAGGAUUUUGGGAAUUGUGAGGCCUUAAACCUAGCGGCUGACGUCGAUCCGGAUGGUGAGAGAACUCUAGGCGUCGCCACCAAAUGCGACAUGAUUGGAAACGACAGCGACCUCUGCGCCAAGCUCAGGAUGGAACGCACUAGUGAUAUCAAAUUGAAGCUAAGGGUGAAGAGAAAAGUGCAAUUUUAAGCAGCAAAAUCACAGAAUAAGUAAUUUAUAGAACGGAUGUUGUAGGAUGGACUUGGAUGGAUCGGAUGGACCCCCCUAAGUCUUCCGAUCCUAAACCCGAUCGCGCGAUCCAUCCGAUCCAUCCAUAAAAUCAGCACUUUUGAAUAACCUCUCGUCAUAGUCAUGAAUGUGAUGCACAAGCACAUGUAGAGGAAUUGCUAACUUCAUCUCUUAAUAGCUUUCUCUUUCCUUCUUCAAGGGAAAUCUUAGGCAGAUCGCCGAGUAGAUUCGUAUCGUCAUCUUUCUCUUUCCUUCAUCUCUCUUCCUGCCGUUUAUCCCCACCCCAUCUAACAUAACUAGGCUUCGUGGGUGUGCGUUGUCGCGGACCUGGUGAAGUUCGAGACGGCAUCUCCUUCCAAGAGAUGGCGAAACGUGAGCGCGAAUUAUUCAAUUCGCAUCCUGCUUUGACAGGGAAAGUUAAGAUUUUAGCGGUAGUUGUAGGCUUCUUGUGAUAGUUAUGCUUAAUGUAUUAAGUGUGAUUGUUCUGGAACUUCUACUUGUGAACUUCUAGUUGUACCCUUAAGAGUCGAAGUACCCUUAAGGGUCCCUUACCCCUGCGGCUGUAUUGUGGUAGUGGCUGUAGUUCGAUAUUUACCUUCUCAUCCACCUCUUCCUCUUCCAUUCUAACACCCGUCUGAAAAAGGAGCACUGGGGCAUGGACACGCUCGUCGAGAAGAUCUGCAAUAUUCAGGAGCAAACGGUCGAAAGGUGGCUUCCUAAAGUCAAAUUGCAAGUUGCCCAAAUGAUCCAAGCAAAAGAACGAGAAUUAGACGCGUCGCCAUUACCCUGUCCGGACUUUAGCAGUAAGCGGAAGAAGUUACUCGAAAUCAUCUACGAGAUCGACCGAAAAUGGUAUGACUUGAGCCAGGCUCUGGCGUUUCGAGAAGCGGAUCCGAGCAUGAACAUCAGUGCCAGGGUGAGAGGAAUAUUUGCACGUAAUUUUUACCAUUUAUUUUACACGUUAGUACACCUUUGUUGAUAUCAGAGGUGGACAACUUCAUUUUUUAGAUCACGACGGCCACGGGGGGCUUCGUGAUUCCUUGACAGAAACACGAUAAGAUUUGGUACGGUCGUUUGCCGAGAAUUACAAGGAAAAACAAUGUCCGCAAGCGCUAGUUCUUUGGAUCAUUUUCUUUUCAAAUAUUUACGACCCCCGCCAUGCAGGCAUGCGCAAUUCCGUUCGCAAAGGCAUCCCUAAGUUCCUCGACGCUGGUAGCCAAAAAGAGAUAGGCAAGCUUUUACGCGAAUGCAAGGCUCAUGGGCUUCCCAACUUCGUCUCCGACAGUGUCUUCACCCAUAUGUCGCGACACCAGAUCAUGCCGCAUCUCCAACAGAACGCGAAACACCUCAUACAGGAGGUCUCCACGUAUAUGACCAUCGUUGCUGGGGUGUUGGCCGCGGAAAGUAGCAAAGAAUAUCCAAAAUUAAGGCUCAACUUUCAUUGGUCGUGGUCGGCGUGGGUCACUGACAUCGCAGAGGGGCUCUCCUUAGAGAACAGGGGAAAUAAACGAAGACGGGAUGAAAAGGGGAGAGCUUUGAAGAUGGUCUCUUCCGUUCAGAAUCAGUGGCCACUGACUGCUGACCUUUAACAAAAUUGGGCACAGAGUUCGAAAUCAUCGCGGCAACGGUGGUGCAGAAACAGACGGAAAAAGCAAGGACGCACAUAUUGGAGCUGUGUGAAGCGGAGCAUUUAGUUUUCGUGUCGGAAGAAGAUCGAUAUCUGGACAUUUUGAACGAGAUAUCGCAAACGGUGAAAAGUGUAGCGCCACUCUUGGCGCAGAGUACAGCACACCCAAGUAUCGCGAACGCAGCGGUACAACAAGCAAAGAUGAAUCAAGGUUAAGAUGCUUGGUCGUGAAAAUCAAAUUGCUCUCGUGUUGUUGAUGAUGAUGUUUAAGCACAAAAUCGUUGAUUGCUCUCGUGUUGUUGAUGAUGAUGUUCUUUAAUCACAGAAUCGUUGAGCUUGAGGUUCUGGGCAACUGCAUCUCUUGACGACUUUGUUUUUGAUCAUACGUGGUCUACCUAGCUCGGUCGUUUUCAUUGAAUCGAGCCAGUCGUGUCAUUUCACCGUCUAAGCAGACCAGGCCACUGCAUCCUCCGGAAGCAACAUCAACUUGAGCAAUGGUGCGCCUCUUUCAGCAGCGGUGGCCGCCGGAAACGCACAGCAUGAUGUGCUGAAGCUGUGUGAGGCACAAGCACGCAACUUGCAACGCUACGGAAUUACAGGUGAACACCUUUUGCGAUUGUGCGGAGGAGCAGAUGGCGCAGCAUCGGGAGAUUUUAGGAAUCUGGGGAUUGUAAUCUUCAUCUUGAUGUGGUUCUCAAUUCAGAUCGGUCAGAAUUCAGUGAAAACGCCCUCUUCUAAUUCCCUAGACAACAACGCUGGCCCAGGCGGUGCAGGAGGAGGAGCAAACCUUGGUCUGAGUCAGCAUAUCGGGUCUUCCAGAGAACUGAAUCUUGAGAAGGUGAAAGAGACGCAGGUGUCAUUGAUCGCGUACUCUCACAUCAUACAAGGCCGCUUUGUGGAUUCUGCGUGCAUGCUGUGCUACAAGUUUCUCGUUAAAGUUAAGCAGGACACAUGAUUAUUUUUACACUCUGUAAAAACAGGUCGUGGACGAGUAGAUUAUUUACUUAUUUAUUCUCUUCUAUGUCUAGUAAACAGAAGAUUUUUUCUUACUUAUUUUUUCGCUUCUAACUCCCACCUCCAGCAAGCGAUCCAGCAUGCCUUUCACGACAUGAGUUUGGAUCAGGAUAGGUUGGAGAUUUGCAUGGCCUCCGACCCAGAGGUCGUCGCGAAGCGCAAAGUGGUCGAAGAAUCGCUUCAGAGACUGAAUAAUAGCAUGCACCAGCUGUCGAAGUGUGAUUAACAUUAAAGUUUAGGAGGGCUUGUUGAAGUGUGGUUACCACAAAUGGAUCACGAUUUUAACAACGCGGUUGCUUUCCUGCUAGUACCAUUAAGAUUUGCGACGUAUCAUGAAAAUUGCAAUUUUUGCAGCCAGUCAUUUUAUUUAUUUUCUAGUCGUGGACGUGGUUUGUAGUGUGGAUGAACAAAUAAGAAUAGUGGAUGAUGACCUAAAAAUAGCUGCCCUAAUUAGUUUGCUUUUCUUCACGUUCAUACUUCUCACUUGCAACAUGUUGGGUGUUUACACUUUUGACAUCACAGGCGCUCGAUUUAUUUCAUAUGCAUGAUAAGGACGAGGACCCAUAAUAGGCAUAGUCAUAGAUGGAUGGUCAUAGAAUUCACACCAGCUCCUGCAGAUCAACAUAACCACACUUCAUCUGACGCUUACGCAACUACACGCGUCGUGGAAGAGCGAGAGCACAAAAAAUUCGCUCUAUUAUAUUUACAAGGAGCCAACACAAAGCAGAAGGUUGUGGAC